AUGCAUUUCAACCGAGUACUCGUCGGCCUAUACGGCUUCGCUGCUAUUGCAGCCGCUCAAUGGUCUGGGGAUAUCUUUAAAAAUACCGGAAAACCAACUGGAACCGAGAUCGAUUAUGACGGAGUCACUCUGUACAUCAGCAAGCCCAAGGCGCGGUCCAAGAGCGACACGGCUGUACUCUAUCUGAGCGAUGUCUAUGGGCUCCCGCUGCUUGUUGACAGCUUUGCUCGUGCGGGAUAUGUCACCAUCGCACCCGAUAUUCUCAACGGUGACCCAGCAGACCCAAACGGCGAGUUUAACGCAACAGAGUACUUGAGCAGGCAUAACCCCCAGAAUACCGACCCUAUCAUCGAAAAGACUAUUGAGUUCAUCCAUAAAAAGCUCAAGAUUGACACCAUCGCUGUUACUGGGUACUGCUAUGGGGGGAGAUAUGCAUUCCGCUUCCUAGCCGAGGGCAGAGGUGCCGACGUGGGAUUCGCAGCUCACCCUACUCUCCUCCAGAACGACGAAGUUCUAGCCAUUCACGGCCCCGCCAGCCUCGCAGCAGCCGAGGUCGAUAGCCUGCUCAACGCAACCCAUCGAUCCGAGAUUGAAGCCCUGCUUGGUCAGACUCCACAGCCAUUCCAGGUCAGCUUGUACUCGGGAACGCAGCAUGGGUUUGGAGUCCGUGCCAACCUUUCUGAUCCAGAGCAAAAGUUUGCCAAGGAGGUAGCCUUUUGGCAGGCCGUGCGGUGGUUCAAUGCUUGGAGUCCCAGCAAUUAG